CUACCGCGUGUUUACGCCCCGCUCGACCGUAGGCAGUUAUUUCAAGGACAGCAGGGCCGAGUCACAAUACUGUAUAGAUAAUAUUACCGUGCCCUUGGUUUUAUGCUUCAUCGUCUAUAGCAAGGCAUUCGAUUGCGUUAAUUGGAAAAGCCUAUGGAAGGUGAUAUCUGACCUCGGCGUACCUCAACAUCUUGUCUCGCUUCUUCGAUCACUAUAUGCCAAUAACCGUGGAGUUUUGAGGUUGGAUCAAACUCUUUCAAAACCGUUUAAAUUUGGUAAAGGAGUGAGACAGGGAUGUAUUCUAUCUCCCAUCCUCUUCAACGUUUAUGAGGAAUAUAUCAUGCGACGUACCCUCGAAGACUGGGAAGGCGGAGUUUCCAUCGGUGGAGUCAGAAUUACCAACAUGCGCUACGCUGAUGACACCACACUCGUUACAACUGAUGAAGCUGAGGUGGAAAAACUGCUGGAACGAUUGGAACGAGCGGGCGGAGAGCGUGGUCUGUUCAUAGAUCGAACAAAGCAACUCGAGCUCAGUGGGAUACUCGAUCUCCAAUAUGUGGACACCUUUAUAUAUCUGGGCUCUCCAUAUGCAGCGAUGGCUGAUGCAAACCGGACGUUCGUAAACGGAUUGGACUGGCGAAAAUCGCGAUGACCCGACUAGGCAGGAUCUGGACAGAUAGAUAUAUCUCACUUAAGACCAAGAUUGGCCUGGUGAGAACACUGAUGUUCUCGAUAUUCACCUACGGUGCGGAAACCUGGACCCCCAAAAAGGCAGACAGAUCUCGCAUUGACGCAUUUAAGAUGUAUUGCUGGAGGAGAAUGUUACGACUUCCAUGGAUAGCCCACUGCACAAAUCCGUCAAUUCUUAAAGAAGUAGGAGUCACUGUUAGGCUAUCAACAGUCUGUUUGCGAAGGCUCCUCAAAUUCUUCGGUCACAUAGCCAGGAAGAAAAACGAUAACUUGGAAGUGCUCCUGGUGACAGGAAAAGUACAGGGAAGGCGACCAAGAGGAAGAAGCUCCAUGCGCUGGAUAGACCAGAUCCGCGACAACACUAAAACUGGAGUCCGCCACACACUGCCGAAGACCGCAACAAGUGGAAAGCGGUCGUCCACAAAAUAAAUCGUGGAGGUCACGACCCUCAGCAAUGUGGAGCACAACACAAGGAGGAGGACAUAUGGUUUUCGUAAAUAUAAUUGGCAUUAAAUAUAAAGAUAAUUUGCUAUAUCAAUGAAAAUCUUUACUAUGAUAAAGUUUAUAAAUAUCAUGACUCUACCAAAUAUUUUGAAAAAAUAUAUCAAACUUAAAAAUUAACAAAGUAAUAGUUUAAAAUUACGUACAAAAGACAUCAACGAUACAUGUUUUUAUAUUUAUUUCAAUAAAUUUCUUUUAAUUUUUGUUUUCGUGUAUCAUUAUAAUAUUUUGCUUCUAUACAAUAAGAGAGCAUUGUAGGGCACAACAAAAGGACCCUCUACCUCAUCUAGUUUUCUGUUAGGGGUAUAUAAUAAUAAUUUAUUUCAGAUAACUCCAUAGUGGUUUAGUAACAAACAAAUACAUAGUAAAAAGUGCUAAGGUGUAUGAAUAGAAUAAAAAAAUACCGUCGGUCGUCUUUAUUUCAAAUUAAUGGGAUUUAUUUAUAACAAUUCAUGUAAUUUAUUAUCCAAUAUACCCACAUUUUAAUACGAGCAGAUUAUAUACUGGCUAUCACCUUUCUUUCUACGACGUCCGACUGCGGAAGGCUUGGAACGUGCUACGAAUUUACUAGAGUAAUUCGUAACACGUACUUAGGCCCAUUUGGAACUAUUUUACUAAAUCUUAUCAUGUUAAAUUGACAUUGUCGUUUUUUGUAUUUUUUUUUAUGGAAUAUAUUUAGUUUUAGAGAUUUAAGCAAAGUUGCUGUAAGUGGGUAGUGGUGAGUAGCAACUACUAUAAUUUUAGAUGGUUCAUGACCGAUAGAGAUUUUUUAAUAGGUUGUUGAAUUUUACUGUUUGCAAGUGGCUGCAAUACAAGUGCGAAGAUAGAGCAGUACCUAUUAUAAAUGCGAAAGUGAGUUUCUUUUUAGGGUUCCAUACGACAAAAGAAAAAAGCGCUAAUUGGACCGUCUACAUCUGUCUGUCAAGAACCUUUAUCUCGGGAAUGCGUGGAAGCAUCGAGUUAAAAUUUAAACGACGUACAAAUACUCAGACUUAACUGUUACUCACUCUUACUCAAUACUCACGACGUACUCAGGUCUACGGCCCUUUGAAGCUGUGGAAAAAAUCUAACUUCUAUGUUAACGUACAAAAAUAUACAGCCAUUUAAGUUGUGUACCUAAAACCUAUGUUAUGGAGAGCGAUUCCAACAGGCACUUGUCCGGUUAUUUAGGGUUUCAUAUUCCUGACAAGGAACCCUUAUAUUUUCGGCAUGCCCAUCUGUCCGUCCCUGGUUUUGCUUGGAGACUAUUAGCACUAGAGAGCUGUAAUUUUGUGGAGAUAUGUAUAUCAAUCACGCCGACAAAAUGGUAGAAUAAAAUUUAGAAAAAUAUUUUUUUAGGGUAGCUCCCCUACAUGUGACAUGAGGAUGAUUUUUUUUCAUCAUCUACCCCAUCGCUGAAUAGAUCCUUUGAAAUUACUUAGGAGUUUCUAAGACUAUUUUUCGAUUUAGGGAUCCGUUUGCGUCCCAUCUAAAACCUAAACUAUUGGCUUGAAAAACCUUGAAAAAAUCAUGAUAAUAGUGCUUUUCAUUAACUUUUAAGGAAAACUAUAACGGUUAAGAUAAAUUUGUUAGUUUGAGAGUAAAUAGUCGUUCAACUUUGAUUAAAGAAAAUUUCUUAUCUAUUGUAAAUUCCUUGUGGUAACUACAGGCAACUACGGAAUCCCACACUGUGCAUGGCACGACACGCACUUGGCUGGUUUUUUGUAACACAAAUCGAUUAAGAUGAUUUUUUUAGGCUGAACUUUUCUCUCAAAAGUAUAAUUAGAAAUAUCUGAAAUAUGGGAAGAAAGUUUGUAUGCAAUAAGUUUUUGACCAAAAUUUUCUUGAAUUUUUUUUUAUUCAGUUAUUGCAUAAUUUACCUACAUUAUAUAUGUAAGGACUCCCAUACAUUGUACUUUUUUAUGUAAACAUAAAUAAACUGUUGCUGCGACUUCGUCUGUAUCUUACGAUGAGUUAUUCCAGAAUCCCACAAAAAUCUGUAAUUUUUUCAGUAUAAAAAAUAUCCUCUAAAUUCCGUUCAGCAGUUAUUGUGUUAUUAAAUUUUUCACACUUAUAUUAAUAUUAGUAGGAUAAAUAAAGAAAAAAUCCUUUUUUUGUUGUUCACAACGGUUUUAGCCAUUUUCUUUUCUGAUAAGCAUAGAAGAACCUCUUAUGUUGGCGCUGAGGAAGGAAAGUAAAAUGUCAUUCAUCACAUUACAUCACUAUGUAAUUUUGAUAUAAGAUCUAAUAACAAUAAUUAUUAAUUAAUAAUAAUGAUUAUUACAUUACAUACAUUCAAACUCCUUUCUGCAUAUAUUAAAGUAACAAAUUUCUAAUUGUAUAACUUUUUUGUUGAAUACGUUAUCGCUUUUUUCUUCGGCUAGCUGUUUUGGUAGUUUGUUAAAAAUUUGUAUCGACUUUUUAAGUUUAUUUUAAGUCUGGUUGUUGGAAAAGUUAAUUUGUGUCCUUUUCGUGAUGCGUAACUUGAUUGUAUGUCUUGUCGUUUAAUAAAAUACACUCAACCGCAAAGAAAAUGGGUCACUCAUUAGUACCUAAGAAUUCUGAUUCGAUUGUCUUAAAAAGUAUAAAACUUACAACUAUCAAAGUUAUACUUACAUAAAGUGCGAUUAAUUGUUUUUCUAACGUGUUAUCAACUUAGUGUGUAAUCAAUCAGGUAACACAAUGCUAACUUUUUGCUAAUUUUUGUGUAAAGUCAGCCUGUCUUCAUUAAAAAAUCAACAGUUAUUUUAAUGAUAGUCAGAUGGAUUUUCUUUAAAAAACGUUUUCCGUGUCACUUCAUGACUUAAUUUCAUAUUGAGUAUAUCCAAAAAAUUAAAUUAUUGAAUUAAAGUAUAGAAGUCCACUCCCAUAGGAUAGGAUAGAACACAUUCAGGGAAAAUUUACCCGUUACUUAGCUUAUCGUAGUCGCGAUUGUUCUCGUGAUGCUGAGUACAAUAAUCAUCUCCUUCACUUCAAAAUGACGCCAUUGGCUGAAUGACGCAGACUACCUGCAGGCCAAUUAUGCUCGCUAAUUGUGAUAUUGUUUUGAUGUCAAUUUCACAUUACGUAUUAUGCUCUCCGAAAAAUGCGAUAUCAAAAUGACAUCAACUUAUGCGUACUUAUUAUGAUCAACUCUUUAAAAUGAUAUCAACUUAAAUGCGUAUUACGUUCAACUUUUUGACUUAAAACAGUAUCGCAAAAACGUCAAAAAUGUGAUACAGGAUAUGAUAUUGAUAUGAUCUUGAUGUGACAUAGGAAUGUUUCAUAAUACCAAUUUAAAAACAAUGUCAAGUUGGCAUCAACAUCAUAUUGACAUCACAUUAAGAUUAUAUCACUAAAGCAUAAUUGACCCGCUGAUCUUAUGACAUUACAUAAGCUUAUCCAUGGAAAAUUAAUUUGUCCGUAUCUAAUUAAACGGGCAAUAAUAAAGUCCCUUAUUGAAUACCUAGACACCCCAUGUCAAAAAGCUUUGAUCUCCCUCAUAGCAAUACUAGACUUGGUGAGUGUGCUCAUCUAUACCGGUGUAUGCGUACUUACAAUGAUUUACAGGACUGCAGUGUCGACAUUUUUCACGAUUCUGAGCGCGUAUUUAAGAGGCUGUUUGUGAGAAAAUUCAAAUUGGACCAUAACAGAGACUAAAUAAUAUUAUGAUUCAGUAUGCCCGUUUUUCAUGUUAGUGGAGUUCUAUUUUGUUUGUUUAAUCUGGCAUUAUACUUAAUAAUUUUGAAAUGCUGUAUUCACUUGAAAAAAGCAUAUCUUUAAGUAUGGUAUUUGUACUUGUAAUUGUUUAAUUGUAAUGUAAAACUAUAUGUUGGUGAAUCUUUGUCAAUAAAAUAAAAAAAUAAUAUUGAAAGUUACAUAACAUGUAUUGACGGCUUAAGGUAAGUGAACUUCAGUCGCGUAAAUGCUGGCUGGUGUGACAGGCAAGAAUUUGCGCUUCUGCUAUCCUAAGUCACCUUGCUGAUUUAAACCCAAUCCUCCAAACCUAAACAUUACCAAAAUGACAUUAUAUUUUACUGUGAUCGUUUGUAAGGUGGAGGUUACUUUUCAUAAUAGGACUGAUACUUAUAGGAUAAAUAAUAUUUAAUCUUUAAAGUUUUUUGUUCAAAGUUAUAAAAAGAAGGUCAAUGGAUAGAAUAUAAUAUAGCCUAUCUAUUGACCUUAUUUUUAUAACUUUGAACAAAACAUUAAAACCAAGACAUGCUGUAUUCUUUAAUAUCCAACCUUAAUAAAAUAAAUUCUAUAGACAUGUCAUAGUAAUAAAUUACGUCCUUUUGUAUCAUUAUUACAAUGAACAAUAUACAUAAGGUGUAUAACGUGAAACCCUAUUUUAAAGUACUUUGCAAUUGUUAAAAUAUUAAAACUUUAUUUAAUUAAUUUCAGUGGGUUAUUUUACCGUUAACUAUUGCAGUAUUAUUAAAUACAAAAUAUUCAUUUUAAAAGGGUGACAAACAAGCGUAUUGCCUACUUGAUGGUAAGCGGUCACCAUAUCAUAUAUAUACUAUAAAACAAAAAUAUUACUCGCACUGUUGAUAUAAUGACUAUUUUUUCUCAGUACAUUUAUGAAAAUUUAAUGUAUAUUCGAGAAAAUAUUAUAUUAUUUGCUAUAAAUAGACAUAAGCAUUUGCUUAAUACUAGAAAUAAAAAUAAAUUAGCUGUAAGUACCUAUUAUAAGACUCCACAAAAUCAAUAAUUCAUUUAAAGGUUUUUGUAUACGCUUCUACAAUAAAGUCCCUAGCAAUACUAAGCGUAAAUAAUUUAAACCUGUCAAAAGAGUUCUUAUUAAUAAACACUAUUCUAAUAUAUUUCAGACAAAAUUGGGUUAAAACAGUUCCAUAGGUUCUGACAGGAAUCUAUAAUUAUGAUGAAGAUGAUUUGAUUUUAUAUUGACACCGCAACAAUAUAAUAUUUUGUAAAUAAUGUUACAUAAUAAUUUAACACCGUGAAGUUCUUUUCGCCAGUUUUUCUCCACAGCUAAAAAAUGCCCAUAACUUAGUGGUAGGAAAAAAAAUGGACGAUUCUAACGAGUUGUAUUGUGCAUCUAAUUUAAAUAAAGAUUUUUUGACUUUUUUUGCCUACUCUGACCCAAUCAGGAGACCGAGGCGGGGAGAUAUUAUAUAUUUGUCACUGUCUUAAUUUAUUGAGAUUGAUCCGAAAAAUAGUUUUAUAAGUACGUUCUUUUUAUUGUUGAGUAUCUCUAGAUACGGCCGAUUACUCAGAAAGAUAACGGAACCCUAUCAAUAAGCCUAUUUAUAUUCAUUCAUCUGUCAACAUUAUGGCAGACAGAAUUUAUAUUUGUAUUGCCGCUACAAGAGAACACAUUAAAAUCUUGCCAUAGCCUUUCUGCUUGUUCCUAACAAUCUUUUAGUAAAUAUUCUGUACGAAAUCUUUACUAAACUCUACGUGUGUGAAUCCGACUCACAUUUGGAAGAUUUUUUGUAUGGGUUUAGAUUACUUCCAGUGUGUCUGUUAUGUAUAACUAACAAAAUGUAUACUAAGUCUGUAUUAAAAUCAUUUUCUCUAUUGUAUUGCAUUAAAAUAUAUCACGUGCAUCUAUUUGCACAAACUAAUUCACUAUAAACUUUCUAGCGAGUAGCCGCUGGCCACUUUCUCUUCUAUUUUCAGCUAACCGAUAUAUGACAGUCCUAUUUAUUUUUAAAUGGGAGCAUCAUGCUUUGAGCUAACAUUGCGAACCACUUUGCUUAAAGAUAAAAUCAUUUAAAAAACGACAUUACAUAAUUUGUGUUUUUGAACAAUACCACGAUCCAAUACUCAAAAUUAAUACAAGUUGUGUGAAUCACUUUGCUACGAUUAAAGCCCAACACACAAACGUUCUUUUUGUUUGAUAGAGAAAUAUAUUUUAUGAAUAAAACACAACUGAUAUUGAUUUAAAUGAAAACGGUAUGCUUUUAUAGCUAAAUAUAGAAACUGUACAUGGCUGCGGAAUGGUGUAAACAAUAUAAUUACAGUAAAUUAAAUUACUAAUUCAUCAUUGGCAAUCAAUCACCUGGCAUUCGUGUGACGGGCCGUCGAGGGCGGGCGGCGGCGGCGGGCGGGCGGCGCACCUGUAGCGAGGCGCGGAGCCCCCUCGCGCGCGCGCUCCAGUCUACGCGCACCCGUGUCGGCGGUCGAUGCGCUCGCGCCGCGCCACGGCAUCAUGCCUCUCUACUCCGAACACAUAUCGAACAUGUACUACAGUGGAUCCCCAUCAUAUUCUGGAAUGCCAUACGGUUACGGAUCAGUGUCACCCAUUGGAUCGUCAUACAGUGCCCCCUACCUCAACCCAGGAGGAAACUACAGCACCCAUUCUUCUCUAGGAGGCUACACGCGCUCAGCAUUGCCGAGCAGAUGGACUUCCAGUACCGGAAGGACGUACUCGCCGAUGCUCACUACGAUUUCCGAGAGAAGCACCGGAAGUCCAGCUCGUAUAAGCAGCCCUAGAAGAAUACCUAUUGCGAAAAGGACUUAUGGAACUUCAGGAUACAUUCCGCGACCGAUCAAUAUAAAUACGGCAGAUAUUGAUGUAUCUAGGGACAGAUAUCGUCACAGAGAAAAUAUUCCCGUGAUUAGCCCUAAAUCCUCUCCAAAAAAAGAAAAUGAAAGUGACAAUAAAGAUAAUGGUCCUUUUAUGCCACGAGUUGAUGGAAAACCUGAGACAGGAAUCGAUUCAUCGCCCGGGCCUCAGCGAAGUACAAUAAAACGUGGUAGAACGGUAGUACGACUUCACACGAUUAAAAGACGUGAAAGAGAUUCACCUCGUACUUGUUCUCAAGACACGGAAAAGGAAACAGGUAAUAACACACCAUCUGUGACCAAUGAAUGCAACAAACAAGAAGAAGAACCACCUGAGAGCAUAGGUUGGAGGGAAAAAUUGUCUGAAGAUUUAAUUUAUAAAGGUAAAAAAGAAAAGAAAUCGCUAGGAACUAAAUUAGUAGAAAAGUUUAAAAUAAGAGAAGACAACAACGAUUUAAUCAGUAAAGACUCUUCUAGAAUAUUAGAAAGCACCCCAAGUUUGUCUGCCAGCUCUACAUGUGACAGUACCAUUUUAAGUAAAUCACCUGAGCGAAGAUGUUCGAUGGACCUUUUGGCAGAGCAAGCAAGCUUACUAGAUUCCUUGAUUCGAAGAGAAAAUUUAAGUACAACUAGUUUAGAUUUAAGUAAAGUGGGUGUUGGAGUAGAUGUUAAAAAUAACAAUGAGAAUUUUAAGCCCUUUAAAAGAUCAAAGUCCGCUAAUUUUAAUAAUUCUUUGAAAACUACAAAAUCAGAUCAUUCCUUACAUGACAGUCUAAAAUCUUCCAAAGAUUCACGACAUAUAACUAAACGACGAAGUUUAAAAAAAUCAUUAUCUGGUGGCUCAAUAUGUAGGUUAGACUCUAUUACGGAGUUUCCAAGGGAAAUCAUAGUUAGCUCUGAUUUACCUUCAAUCGAAGAACGACUUUCCCCUAAACAUGAAAAUAAGUCGAAACCUAAACCAAAAUUAAAAGCCAAGAUAACUUCAUCAGUGGAAGUAUCACCGCCUAAGAGUCCCCUAAAAUUUAAAGUUGAAAAUGUCACUGUAGAAGAGAUACUGCAUACCCCGAAGAAGGAAAUAACAUAUAGUACAGUUAUAAGUGAUACAAUACUGGAACAGAAACCCGAGGAAAAUAAUGACACGAAAGUGCUGCUGAGAAACGAUAAAAGUAGAAGAAGUGUCAAGAAUAAACUUAAAAGCACACCUUCAUCUAACGAGGAAGCAUUUUCUCCAGAGCCGGAAGAAGGUAAUUUUUGGGAUAAAAUAGGAAAGAGGGAAACUGUUUAUUUAUUGAAACGGAAACAAAAUAUUGAAGAUGCAAAAGAAAGACAAAAGAAAGCACUAUUUUGGUUCCCAGAAGAGGAAGAAACUGCACCUGAUAAUAACAAACCUAUUGAAGAGUGUAAUGAAAAUCAAAAUUUAAUUGAAAAUGAAAAUAACACAAGUAAGGUUCAUCAAGAAGAAUAUGGAGAUCUUGAUUUUAUGUCGUCUGAAUGUAAUUCAAAUUCACAAAGUAUCAAAACCGAACCUGCAAAUACUUCGAGCAUAGAAAGAAAAGGCAUUACUGUAUGUGAUGAUAAUGUUGAUAAAAUGAUGAUGUUAGAAAAUACAUCUAGUAGUUCUAAAUCAAAAGUUGAAAUAGAUAACCAGUCGAACGUAACUAGUCCAACACUUGAGAAAAAAUUACAAAUUCAUGACAUGAGCGAAUCAUGUAAUAUAAAAGAAGAAUCGACAGAUGAAUCACUUAAUUCUUCGAUACUUAUCGAACCAAUUUCAAAACACUCACUAAAAGGAGAAAAAAAUGAUACUAAGACGGACCACAUUAGUAAAACUGCUACUACUGAGGAAAAUUAUAAUGCAGAUUUACGAAAUAAAAGUGAACCUAAUAAUAACUUAGCUUCAGAAGAUACUCCAAUCAAGGAAAAAGUAUUAACAGAGGAAAUUCAGGAACUCUACGGCAUUACGUCAAAUGAAAAGCUGGAAAAUAAUAAUGAAGUGGUUAAGAUUAUUAAUGAAAAAGAAGAGACAAAUCAAUUCAAAAAUGAAACCAAAACGACACAAUCUAUGCCAAAGGUCCCAAUACCACAUCUAAAUCAGGAUGACUGUGGUGAUGCACCUGAUGAUAAAACACCUCAAAACCAUGAAGAUAAAAGUAAACAUGAUAUGACACCGGAAACACUAAACGAAAGUUCACUGAAAAAAGGUCAUGCAAUAAGUAAUGAUCUUAAGAAGGUUGAGAAAAAGUUGUUACUCGAACAAAAACAAAAGGACUCCAAAAAAGAACCUCAACCUAUUAAUACAAUGUCAGUCAUACCAAAAGAUGUAGACAAAUUAAUAGUGGAGGUUAUAAUUGAAACCAAAAAUAAAAAAUGUGAUCAAGAGACGAAAACUUCACCAACUAGUACAUUAGAACGUGAUAUUCUUAGAGCGUCAGAAAAAAGUAACACCAACUCAUCAAAAACAGAAAAACUAAAUAUGUCAUCAAUCAAAGAUACGCCUACUAAUAAAAAUACAGGCUCUGUAUUAGUAUCCGAUAUAGAAAACAUUCCAAAACCAGGCAAAGUAGAGGUCACCAAAAUAUCUUUAUCACUAAGUAAAGAAGGAGAGGAUAAAAAGGCUGAAGAUGUCCCUGUUGAGGAAAGAGAAGAAGAAGAAACUAAGUCAUCUUCUGUUGGAAUCGUCAAAUUGCCGUUAGCUCCAAGUCCAAGGAAGCCAGUCAAAGAAGAAGCCGCAUUAAGGCCGUUAAUAGCAACCCCGAGGCCGCUUCAAAAAAAAGUUCCACAAGUUAUUCAUUCGUCGAGUUCAUCGGAAUCUUCAUCAGAAGAAGAAUCGUCAGACGAGGAAGAUGCAGACGAAUCUGACGCUAGUGAGGGUUCAGCAGAAUUUUUCGAAUGCGAAAACAACGCAGACGGAAGAACUUCUACAGGCUCGAAUGACUCAGGGUUCGAUUCAUCAGCGCCCACUUCACCUGCGGGAUUUGUUCAUAUUAAAAAAGAUGGCGAGAGCCCUGGGGCAUCAACAAGCACAACGCAUAAGAACGACGCUGCUGAAAUACUAGAACAAGAGCUCGAGCAAUCGACAGCUUACGGCCUGUUCAGGAAGACGGGUCGGUUCACUCCACCAGCGAGAUCCAUCCCACGCUUCCGAAAAUACACUAUUGAAGACUUCCACUUCAUCAAAGUACUUGGAAAAGGCAGUUUUGGCAAGGUCCUCCUUGCCGAGCUACGGGACACAGAGUACUACUACGCCGUGAAAUGUCUGAAGAAGGAUGUGGUAUUGGAGGAUGACGACGUAGAGUGCACGCUCAUUGAGAGGAAGGUGCUGGCACUCGGCACCAACCACCCUUACCUGUGCCACCUGUUCGCCACCUUCCAAACUGACUCGCACUUGUUCUUCGUGAUGGAGUACCUGAACGGCGGCGACCUGAUGUUCCACAUACAGCAGAGUGGGCGGUUCCCGGAGGCGCGGGCGCGCUUCUACGCCGCCGAGAUCGUGUCCGGACUCAAGUUCCUACACAAGCGAGGCAUUGUGUACAGAGAUUUGAAGUUGGAUAAUAUUUUACUGGAUUUCGAUGGGCAUGUACGCAUCGCCGACUUCGGCAUGUGCAAGCUCCAGAUAUAUUUGGAAAAGACCGCGGAUACAUUCUGCGGCACGCCCGAUUACAUGGCGCCAGAGAUCAUAAAGGGUCUGAAAUACAACCAGGCUGUGGACUGGUGGUCGUUCGGCGUGCUGCUGUACGAGAUGCUGAUAGGCCAGAGUCCGUUCAGCGGCUGCGACGAGGACGAGCUGUUCUGGUCCAUCUGUAACGAGAUGCCCUCCUACCCGCGCUUUCUGUCGCAGGAGGCCCUCACCAUACUCACUAGGUUGUUGGAUAAAGACGCGCGGUCGCGGCUAGGCGGCACCGAGUGCAUGCACGGCGAUGUGAGGGACCAGGACUUCUUCCGGCCCAUACAUUGGGACCGUCUCGAGAGGAGGGAGCUGGAAGCGCCUUUCAAGCCAAGAGUGCGGCAUCCUCUAGACACCCAAUACUUCGACAAGGCGUUCACCGGCGAACGUCCGCGUCUGACGGCGGUCGAGCCGCAAGUGCUGCGCUCCAUGGACCAGGAGCCUUUCCGGGGAUUCUCAUACACUAACCCCAACGCGACUGACCGCUAAAAGAAACCUUAUAUACACGGGACUAAGAUUCGAAUUGACUCAGCUGGCCGUGGGUCGACGCAGACGGUAGCAAGCGCACAUCACACGUCUCAAAGAAUUUUGAAAAAAGAACGGUUAGCUCAUUUUCGUUCGAGACUCAUGACUUCCCGUAUAGUGGAAGUAGAGGAGAGUCGAUUGGCGAACACUGUUUAGGACAUAGAAUAAUAACCAAAUUUAUAUUCUAUGAUUUAGAAAGAAACAUAAUGCUUUGAUCAAAAUGAAACGGUAGGCUUCUGUCGAGUUUCAUAGUUAUAUAUCUCUACGUUUAUAUAAUAUAUAUCUAUUGCUUUAAGCAAAAAAGUAUUAAAUAACAUGGCUACAUAUUUGAAAAAAGACACGUUUUAUUCAUCGAUCUUCAAACUGAUUAUUAUUAUUAGGUUCUUAAUAUAAAAUAAAACAGUUUCUAUUUAAUAACGCUUUUAUAUAAAAUGUCAUGAUAUCUAGUAAAUUCGACAACAUUAUCUAGUCAUAUCAAUAGUUCUUGAAUUAUUUUCGCUUAAAAAUAAGUAUUUUGUAUCUAUAAGUGUGAAUUGUAUUUAGUGACUUAUAGCUUGUCAAAAAUCUGUUGUUAAUGUUAUGUUAUUACAAAAUGUAACGACAAAAUAUCAAUGAUUAAAUUCUAAUUUGUAGGCAUAUUGCAUAUCAUAAAUGUUCAAAGUAAUUGUUUGUUAUAAAUAAAUUAUAUAAAUCACAUGCUUGUUUUAAUUACUACUUUCUACCAUCCAUACAUUUAUAACACCUAUUGAGAAAUAUUUGACUUAAGUACCUAUACUUACAUUUUUGAAAAUAUUUUUUACUUAAGUAUAUAAUUUAUUUUUGAUACAUUUGGCAUUCACAAUACUAAAUUAACAUUUAAUAUAAUUAUUUACAAAGAAAUACCCACUAGACAAAAAAAGCGGCCCAAUUGUGUAACUCUUUCUCCUUACGUGAAGCCUUUUAUUUCAUACAUGAAAAAAUGGAUUAGUUUUAUCAUAUAAAUUCUUUUAUUUUAUAUUCGUCGUAAAGAUGCUACCUUUGAAGGCAUUGUUUGAAUGUGAUCGCGGAAAGAGUAAAGGUAUACAAUUAGCCUCCCGAUAACGAAAUGAGAUCCGAACUUGUAAUGACACUAAUGUUUCAUUAAAUUAAUACAUAGGGCGCACUAAACAUUACUAAAGUUAAACUUGGUUUUAACAGAUGAUGUCAUUUUGUUUGCUAAAAAGAAGGCAAAGACAGCAUUAGGUUUAAACCAUAAGUAACUUUGUCAACAUUUUAGAUUACGGCAGUUUUCCUCUAAAUUGCAGAUUAUUUUAUCUAUUUACAUUUACACCCUAAAAUAAUAUAAAUGUAACGUAGAAAUAUUAAAAUUUAAAUGCUAUUUCAAAUAUUGCGUAGUCAUACAAAUUGAAAGGGAAAUAUAUAUUUAGUAUAUAGGGCUUUUUAUUGACAGGUAGGUAACCAAAACAAGAACCAUUACAAAGACAAAAAUUAUAAAUUUAAAAUAAACCUUCUGCGUUCGCCCGAUUCCUAGGUCCCUAUUGUCCGCUUCGUUUGUCCAAUAUACGAACUAUCACCACACUAUACACCAGGUUUCACCAAAGGGAAGUUGUCUUUGGAAGACCGUAGAACCUGUGACACUUUUUGUAAGUGUAGAGUAUAAAAAGUGUAAAGUUUAGUAAUGGAGAAUAUUUUUAGAAAAAAAAUUAAUACGUAUAUAUUUUUGAAUAAUGACUAAAUUAUUCAGGUUAGUGCGCCCCACGCACAGUUGAAACUUUUACAGAAGUUUAGAAAUUCGUUGAUAGUUAAAUAUAGGUGGCAUGAUAUCCAGCUAGCUACUUAUGUUAUGCUGUUCUAUAAGACAAAAAACACUGCGUUAAAGUUUAAAAAUAUCGAGAUUUUGGACAUAACUGAUCUUCUUUCUAUGUUAGAUCACCAUUGGAAAUAUUACAAAGAAAUUAAUAUUUAUUUGCAUUCAUUCAAUAUACAAUUUCGUAUACUUUCAUCGUGGUCUAAUUUUAUUUGAUAUACAGUUGAUUUUGUAGCUAUAAAUAAAUCGUGAGAUAACUCCGCUUCGCUAACUUCCAGUUUUAAUACCGCAACAUUGUCCGUAUCGUAACUUUUAGCAAACUGUUGAACAUUUAAGCUGAGUAUGGGUUUUGGUUCUGGACACUUCAUCUUUCGUGGUUCAUAUAUUUCAACCUGGAAAAAGUUUUUCAGUUUUACAAGACAGGUAACUACUACGCACCGGAGUAAUAUUCACUAUAUUACUGAGGAUAAGCUGAAAAAAUAAAAUCGAAAAUAAAAAAUUGGUGUGGUUUAUAACCACGAUGCAAGUGAAACUCUUAAAAUUAAAUACCAGGUUGCUUCAGCAUUUAUAAGCUAGAUUCAACUAACACUUAGAAAACACGAAAUCAUAAGCAGAAGUGGAGUAAUUUGAUGUAUACCAUCAUGGUGUAAAGAUUAGUUAAGUAGGUACUUACUUUACCAUCCUCAUAGCCCAGCAUCAACAUGUCGCCGUGCUCCAGGGUGCACGUGAGACCCGGGCAUUCUAAUACCCAAUGUUCAGAAUCCUGGUAUUUCAUUUUGAACGGCGAAUCAUUGGAAACUGAAAAUAUUUAUUAGUAUUAUUAAUCGAACACACCACCUACCUACGAGUUGUACCAGGGAAUGGGCUGUCUCUACAAGUUUCCGCAAAUACAUAUAAACAUUCUUUCUAUACGGGAAAGUCAGCAGCUGACAAAUUGUAUAUUUUUUCUUUAUCUGCCAACCUAGCAUGGGAGUUAUUUCAAUAAAACUUUGUAGAAACUUCAUUCCAUUUGCCACACAUCAAAAGACCAAAGGCCAACGACCAAAGACAAGGAGGUGGUCUGAAUAUGCGCAACCAUAUUUUUAUGCAAAUAUCUAUCUUCAAUCGACAUCUGUAAACAUAGGUAGGUUUUUUCACAGAUACCAACCUGGGAUUAUAGCACCAUACUUUUGGUACAGCAUUGGAUUCGAAUAUUUGGGUAUAUCAAAACAAUAACCCGGCUGGAAUUUCAAGCCUACCCGGUCUACUUUCAGCAGACCGCCCCAGUUAAGCAUCACGUAAACUUCGUCCUGGUACACGUUAAUGUCGACUAUCACACCGUGCCCGUAAUGACGAGCGAGCAGCUUCCAAUCCCACAGCUCCUCGGUCCAUUUCAACGCAAACAGACAUCUGUCUGUAGUUGUUACAUAGCAGCAGUCGUCAUGUAUCCUGAUGGGAAAGAGAAAACUCACGGUGGGUAAGGGAAUGGAAAAUUGUUAUAACCAAAAAUAUCAUUUAAUUACAUAUAUAAUGGUGUCGAUUCUAGCAUGAUUCUCUAAACCUAAACUUAAAUUUGACAGCAGUAUAUCCUUGUCAUUCUCUAUGCAGAAUGAAAAAGAGAGACUGAUGUUAAAUUUAGUUUUAAGAUUAGAGAAUCACGCCAGAAUUGGCACCAAUAUUAUAUUACACAUGAAAUAACUACAACACCGAUAUCCCCCACAGAGUAAUGAGGUAAAUGUAAUUUAUAUAUUGGUUUUAGAACUAGUGUUAAUUCAUAAAUAUUGUUCUUUGAUCCCAUGAUAAGUAGUACAGCCAGCCAGAUUCAAAAGAAUACAGACGAGUUCACUUUGACAUUAAAGCCACCCAACCGGGCAUCGAGUCGCAAAGUUGACGACUACAAUUUCUGCUACAGCAGUAAACUUUAUCCCCCUUAUUAAUAAACGCAGAAUAAGCUUGGAUUAGAUAAUCCAUAUUUUGUCUCCAUGGCAAAUAGCAUUUGAGUGACAUGAACAAAAGACUGCGGAACUAGUCUUAGCUUAUUCCUUGUUCAUUAUUAAGGUGGUAUAAGUUAGGAGUAGUACAUUAACCCGAUUGUAACAUGCAAAGAGGGCGGAGAGAGGUAUCUCGUAAGUCUACUUUGUAAGAUAAUGAUCUUACAAAGUAGACUAAAUAUAAAUCAAUGGAUUGUUGUGAAAGAAAAUUUAUCAAUUAGUAUGAUAUAAUUAAUGGUUUGGCUACAGCGUUAUUUUUUUUAUCGAAGGCGGUACUUGUGACGCUGUUUUAUCAUAAUCAUAAUCAUUUAUUCAGUUUAGGCUGUUACAAGCACUCAUGAAUGUCUAGAAGCUGCGCCAUCGGUUCGUAAAUCUACGGCGGGUGACCUUAUACUGAGAAGAACCCGCAAGAAACUCAGCAAGGGCUGUUUUUUUUCUCCCUGUUUUGUUGAUGACUCCAUCGUUAUGACAAUUAUGACAUGAGUUUCAAAUUUUACUUUACGGGAUUGAGAAGUUUACCGGUGUGUGAAGUGGUUCCCCUGUGCUAUACUUAACAUCAUAUCAUCACAGGGUCUUAGCUAGAGUUGUUUUUAGGAUAGGGCAGCUGUAAUUACAGGGCAUAAGCAGUGGCGUGUCGCCCUUCGUAGCCUGCCCGUUUUAAGGUAGGGCAUUGCCUAUACAAAAUUAUAUUGACAUUUCGCACUCGCAAACUAUUCGAAUACGAUAAUGGUUCGUGCUAGGGGUACAUGAUAAAGUUGGGGUACAGUACCCCUAGCACGAUUUGUGCUAGUACUGAACCCCAACUUGGACAGCAGCGCCACAAAGUACUAAAAAUCAGUACAAAUUUGACAAUGGCAUUUCGGACUCGCAAACGUUACGAAUUCGAUAAUGGUUCGUGCUAAGGGUACUGUUCUGCCUAAUAUUUUUUUAGUCACUACUCUUUCUUAGUAGAAGAAGGGCAUACUUAAUAUCGACAAGGCAACUAUAACUUAAUAUCGACAGAGGAAAGGCAAAACCGCUUGUUUUUUUUUAUGACACUACUUCUCAUUUACAAUGAGUUUUUUGUGCAAAGAUUAUUUUUCGCUUAUCCUAGUUUCUGUAAAGUUACUAAAGUGGCGUUUCACCGAUUUCGCUUUUCCACUGUUAUAUGUAACUUGGUUAAAAUAAUAAAUAAUUACAUUCUCAAACAUGCAAAAUGUCACCACAUUUACUGUUCAACCAAUCUGUUUCUGGUGAUUUUUCAUCUAUUGUAUUUUUUGACUCUUCAUACUGUGUUAUUUUAAUUCAGAUGUUUCAGCUUAAAAAUAAUAAAUUAGUAAGUAGUAGCCUUGGAAGACAUAUUUUGUAGUUAAUUUAAUGAAGCUUUAGUUUAAUUACUUAAACAUAUCACAAGCUAAUAGGGUUGCCAUCUUCUUAAAUACAAGUCAUACGUGGCACUAAUUUAGAGUCGACAUUCGGUCCUAAAAUCUGGAGUUAAUCUUCUACAACAAUGCACUGUAGUAGACAGAUAGCCGAAAAAAUCAAGACAUAAAUAACUUAGUAUACACAAUCCAAAUAAAAGCAGGACAGACUGCAACACUACAUGCAAAUUAAUUUUAAAUCAUGCAAUUUGACAUUCUAUUCAAGCAUGUGAACAGCUAAAAAUAAUAAAAAUCACAAUCUAAGGUUAUUAAAAACAAUUACACAAUAAUAUAGGUAAGUAACAAAAAUAUUAUUAACUUGUAUAAUGGAACUGUGAAAGCUUGUGAAUCUGUGUCAUCCCAAUAAGAAUGUGGAUCUCGUUUAGGGCUUAAAUUUAGUAUCUUUAAAUAGUCACAUUUUUGUAAUGCUGAUAUCAUGUAAUCAUUUUCAUCAUAAUCAGCAUCUGUAAAUAAAUAGUAAAAGUCACAAAAACAAUGUUUAAAAAAUAUUUAGGUAAUAUUAAUUAUUUUGAUAAUUACUACAGCAUUUUGUCAAAGCAAUAGCAGCAUGCAAAACUUACUACAAGCCUGCAAACAUUUUAUUAUAUACAUAAUUAAAACUUACAUGAACCAGUAGAAGUCUUGAAUAAAGCAUUACUCUCAAUGUCAUAAUAUGAUACAUUUGAUGUACCAACCAAAAUUAAAGCACCUACGACAAAUAGAAAGAAUUAAUAAAAUAAUGAUAAAGUUUAUUAAAUAGAACACAAACAAAUAUUUACCCUUAUAAACAUUAAUAUUUAGUAAAUCAUCUAAUUCAUAACUGCGCUGACACACAGCACUAGUUAUUUCUAUAUUCUGCCAGAGGCAAUGGUUAAUUAUAAUAUCCCUGGAUUCCAGUUUAGAUUUUUUUCUAAAAGACGCUCCACUAUCAGAAAUACCAAACUUCACCAUAUUUUCCCAUCCUGUUCUCUGCAAAAAUAAACAAUAAUUAAUGAAAAUAAUUGGAAAAAGAAUAUAAAUAAUUUAUUUGUUUUGAUGUUUUAUUUUGGUAAGAUUCUUGUGUGUAUACUGUAUAGGCAGGCAUGCUUCUUGUAAUAAAUUUGGUCGAAUAGCUGUUUUAAAAAUUAUAACUACUCUCGUAGGUAUUUGCUCUCAAAACUGUAAUUGAACAGAUGUUAGGUACCCACCCCUUAGAUUAAUAACGCCCUUUCAGUCAAUGGAAUAAUUUGUUAAUAAAAACAAAACACUUACACGAGCGGUGGUGGACACAAGGCAGAACCAUCUCUUGUUAACAGUCAUACAGUUAAAAAGAGACUUGUUAUCUAAAUAUUUAAAUAUUAACAACAAUAUUUCUGAAGGACAGUAAUCCCAAUCAGAGUUUUCUGAAUUCACCAUCAUGAGCGACUUUUCACUUGUGGAAUACAGUAAAAACGAAAAGCAUUAUUAGAAAUCAAAACGUUUAGGGGUAUUUAUAACAUUGCCAAUUAUUUUUGAAAACAAACAUCAUCUCAUCAGCUGUUAAUGUUAACC